AUGCUCGAACGUGCAACAGGCUGCCUCGAGAACGCGGGACGGCGUUUCCUUCAAGAUUCCAAUGGUGUCAUCCGAAAAAGAAACUGCCUGUCUAGUCAUUUCUGGAAGCACAAUGGCGCUGGAGCGGAUGCUCCUCAGUGGUUUAUCGCACUUCUGCAGGCGUCAGGCCAACGAUCGUCCCCCGUUCUUGGCAGUCAACACGAAAGCAGAGAGUCAAGCGAUUGGAUAGGGCCGUCGCUCGAAUUCCUAUAUCCUGGGCAUGCUCAAACUUUGGUAGCUUCUCGUCUACCUCGCUCUCAGAACAGGACUGGAUUUCGGAGGAGACCAAACCUGGGCUUUUCAAGAUCUUAUACUUCCAUUUCAAGUCCUCAACAAGCUACCGCAAAGACUUCAUUCGCCCGCAAAGCUGCAUCCAAGCCUGUCCAAGGGCCUCAGAAUCCAGAAUCGCUCGAUAAGGACAGAGAAGCGAUCGAAGCCCUCCGAGCUUUCCUUCAGAAGAAUGGCAGCGAUUUUGAUAAAGCUUGGGUGAUGUACGUCGCAGCCGGAUGGCCGUCGGAACUCGAUUCUGCGCUCUGUGCUUAUAUGAGUAAAUCAUCCGGAGAGCUGCAGCAAACACUAGCAUGGUUAAUCUUCAAAAGAAUUUCACCCGAACAUCUCACCGAGUUAGACUUCAAGAACAUUAUCAGAUCACGGGUUCUUUCAUUGCCGAAGCGAAAACCGUCCAAUUUGGGCGCUAUCGGUCGGCGAGCCAUUUCCAUGCCAUUUGCUCGAGAGAUCAUCUCGCUGUGUCUGAUGCACAUGGUGGAAUCCAGACAGUGGGACUCAAUUGCCUCAUUCUGGGGGCUCCUAUUGAGAUUUCCUGAAAACGAGCGACCGCCAUUGCAAUCUUUGCUAUGCAUGUUUAAUCGAUUUCGCUUUCCUGGCUAUUCCCUUGCCAGGCAUCUCCUUGAUUUAAAAACGCACUUAUCAACCUCAGCCGAUACCCAGUAUCUUACUGAUGGGGGCAAAGACUUUACUUCCCGUAUAUUUCAACGAUUUUUCGAGUCUCACGACAUUGUCAAGCUCACACCAUUACCGACUGUGCUUUCACUGUUGCGCAAUUACCGUCCUUUUGGUUUUGUGCAUCCCAGUCACUAUUUUCACUUGAUAAAUCUCUACCUAGAAUCACAGCAGAGGUCGGAAUUUGUCAAGUGCAUCAUUUUUUAUCGCCAAUUGCGCGAAGAAUUUCCGAAUGCAAGGCCAUACUCAGAUCUGAUUAUUCGUUCCAUCAUUGAACGCUUGUUGACAUUCAAAAUGACCAACAGCUUGCCAUACUUCUUGGACGAAGAGGCGCUCUUUGAUGAACAUAAACGAAUAAGCAUGCGCUCAUACAAUGUCGCAAUGGUUGCUUUUUCCAAAAUUGGGGAUGUACGAGCUGUCCAAAAAUGGUUCGACAGGCUCCUUGCAGAUCAUGGCAACCCGAAGUCCCAAAGGUCGGUGACCCCCCUUCUUGUCGUUCACGCACGGCUAGGUGAUGUGCGCGAGACACGGCGGCAAUUCGAUCGAAUUCCUUCAGAAUUUGGUCUCCCGCUGAACACAGUUUGCUGGAAUAUACUGCUUCUGGCGCACGCUGCUGCCAGGGAUCUCCCAGGUGCUAUUUCCGCCUUCUCUGAAAUGCGAGAAAACCAUGUACCUCCCAACUCGUUCACAUUGGGCACACUGAUGGGGAUUUUCGCCCAGCGAGGCGACAUCGAAGCCAUCCGUCAAUUACUCAAAGAGGCGCAGAAGAGUCGAGUACAAAUCACGAGGCCAAUGCUAGAUACGGCUGUUCAGGCGUACUGCAAGAAUGGACAAUUUGGUCAUGCAGAAGAGCUUAUCGCAAGAAGCUGGGAUUUAGCGGUGGGGGGGUCUCCCUUGCGAAUGUGGAAUUUUCUUCUAAUGCGAUAUGCAUUCAGGGUAUCGAAGUUUUCCUUCCGGCGCGUCCUUGACCGCAUGGGACGGCUAGGCUUGAAACCGGAUGCCAUGACUUACGCGGCUAUUAUGCUUGCUUAUGUCUAUGCUAAUCAAGUGGAUCGUGCGCGAACUACUCUCAGGAAGAUGCAUGAACUUGGCUUGGAAGCCACAGAGCACCAUUUUUCCAUUCUCUUGCUUGGAUAUGUGAAGCAGCGGAACCGCGAUAUGGUGCAUGUCAUCUCCCGCGAAAUGCAAGCACGCUUCGGUCGAGUUGGGAUGGAGCCAAGCCUGUUGAACCUGAGAAUGCAGAUUGAGAGAGACGUGGAAAGUGCAAAAGAUCUUCAGACUCCUGUUGAAGAUAUUGUCCUCGAGAACGCAGAAAGGACACUUGCUGAAUCAAUCGCACGAUUCGAUGCCGAUCCCGUUCCAGUCAACAGUUCACUAUCUAAACCGCUAGAGGGCUUUGCUGUUGAGUCUUUCAAUGACACGCACUAUCAACGGCUGAUCGAGGCAUACGGAAUCCAAGGUGGCGCCGAUAAGGCACUCCAAGCCUUCAACCAUUACAUGCGAUCCAGACGAACUGCGGGAUCAUCGGACGGCGAUGAAUUGGAAUCCUUGCCGAUUGACUUCAUCAAAGCCGUUAUGAAUGCCUAUUUUGGAACCCGGAAUGACGAGAAAGUGGACGAGUGCUGGAACAUUAUUAUGGCAAAUGUAAGCAAGACAGCGGGUACCUGUGACCUUGACAAAAUCUUGUCUUCGCAGUCGCCGAUGCCAACCAUGCCAGCACCAGAGUCGCCUCUCCCGUCAAUGCUUUCAAUGCCCACCACUCAAGCAGAUAAGCCCAAAAUCAUUCCAGCCCAACGCUUCAUCCUGGAUUUUCCACUCUCGAUUUACCUGGAGUCGUUGGCCCGCCGAGGCAUGUUUGAGAGAAUGCAUCAAGUUGUGGCCGAAGUUCAGGCAGCAGGCUUUGCAUUGACUGGCUUCAACUGGUCAACUUACGUUCGAAUGCUUGCGACAUCUGAAAAUUAUCCCGACAAUGUGGAGGCAUUUCGAUUCUUCGAGGAGAAGUUCAUUGAUCGUUUCCCUGGUUGGUCGUGGUUUCUCAAAGGGUAUGGCGUGAGACCACUCAAUGCCCCCGUAACAAUCCUUCAUCUCGAAGGUCGCUCGGGUAUCACCAAACCUCGGAGAAUGAUGGGAAAGUUGGCGCGAAAACAUUGGCGCAAAAUCGAGCCCGAUUACAUGCACCCCCAUUACCCCACCAUGGUGCAACUCGCCAGCACACUGCAACGGCUCCGGCAAACAAGUAUUAUGGAGGGGAAUGAGCAUCUGGCGAAUCUCUACAAAAUUGCGCCACGGACUGUCGAUACCCUCGCUGCGAUGCCAUACGUGCCUGAUAAACAUCAGGGUACAAUCCUUCGCGGCAAGGCAGAAAAAGGCAAGAUGCGCCCACGCCAGGCCCACUUGUUCUCCUCGCGCACUGGUGCUCUUGGCUCUAGUGGCGACAUGCGUGAACGGAGCUUUGAGGGAGCGACUGAGGAGCCUCUCGUGUUGAGUCGUACUGGCUCACUCCACAGUAAAGAAAAUGAAUUAUUGGGCUCUUUAGCAAGCAUUCUUCCUCGCGAAGACCAAGUUGACCUACAGGCCUCACUUGACGAACAACUUGCAGUGACAAGGCGCUGGAAGCUCCAAGUCAGCCAUUACAAAAAGGUCAUCCAUCAGGCGCUCAGUUCCAACGAUAUCCCGCGCGCUGAGGCCUACAAGCGACGUUUGAAGAGGCUGCAACAUCCCGACAUCACGAGGCAGACCCCCGAGCGGCAACUGUUCGACAAGCAUCAUCGCAAGUGGAAGCUCGAGACUCCAACGCACCUUCUCUUCAAGGUCGAUUCUGGGCUGCAUGUGAAACCCGGACGGUCACCCUCCCAACGGGCCGCCGAGCGAAAAAAGUACAAGGGACCCUGGACAACGCCCAGGGAAGAACCGAGCAACAACCGUUAA